GCCGGUUGUAUGUACGCCUUCUGUCUAUACUCGUUUCGUUUUUGGCGCACUUAUUAUCGGCGCUGGGACGAAGCCAAAAAGGUGUUGCAACGAUUCCACCAACCCUUCCCCUCGUCUCAACCGUCGAAGUCGCGUGCACGCUAGUUUUCAUUAUUUUUGUUUGAUUAUAUUCGCUUCGUUUGUGGUUGUCGCGUGGCCACAGCGCGAACGACGGUCCGGGUCGUCGAGCGGCCGGCGAGCAGCCGUUCUGCGAGGCACCGUCGAACUCCGCCGUGAAGACUGAGGGACCGGCCGCGCGGCUCCGGUUAGGACGGGAUCAGCCACCGCGGUGUUUUUGUCGCUCCUUCUCGUGCGUGAUCGCGAUGGUUUCCGGUGAUUUGCUUCCUGCGACGGCGUCCUACCGACUCUCCGACACCUGUACGACCGACGGUUCCUUGUGUGGCAUUUUCCGUGGCGUUGAAAGAACCAGCUACACGAAUGGUUCAACAAACAGCUGCGGAGCAGUAGUGCAAACAUGCAGCGUUCGAGAGAAUGGACUGCGCAAUCUCGAAAGCAUCCGCAUAAACUGGAAGAACCUCAGCUACACGGUGAACUCUGGAAAGCAGUUAAAACCGCUGGUGGACGACUUAAGUGGCGAGGCCCUUCCGGGGACGCUUACGGCCAUCAUGGGUCCUUCCGGUGCUGGCAAGACAACGCUGCUAAACCUUCUCACUGGGUUUUACGACAAGAGCUACAAAGGUGAAGUCCAAAUCAACGGCAACGUGCGCGACCAGGCACUGUUCAACAAGCAGAGCUGCUAUGUGAUGCAGGAGGAUCGCCUUCUACCUGCUCUGACUGUUUAUGAGGCCAUCUCUAUGAGUGUCGAACUGCGCAUGCCUACGUUGUCGAAAAUUGCCAAAGAGGAGAUGGUGGAACUGUCAAUCGCCGAGUGGGGAUUAGGCGAGUGCCGCGACACUCGAACAGAAAACCUAUCGGGCGGCCAACGGAAGCGGUUGGCUAUUGCCCAAGAGUUGGUCAACAACCCUCCUGUGUUGUUCCUCGAUGAGCCCACCAGUGGGUUGGACAACGUGUCAAGCCUCAUGUGCAUCCAAGCCCUUAAGAAGAUGGCCUUCACUGGGCACACUGUCAUCUGUUCUAUACACGCUCCUAGCGCCAAGAUAUUCUCCUACUUUGACAGGCUCUACAUGGUGUCCAGCGGCCGCUGCAUCUACAACGGCAGGAUCGACCAGCUCAUUCCAUUCCUAGCACAACGUGGCUUGCACUGCCCCGAGUAUCACAAUCCCGCCGAUUACAUUUGUGAGAUAGCUUCAGAAGAGCACAGCGACCACUGCGAAAGACUAAGCGCCGAGUUUCGGAUUCCACUUAGUAGCCCCGAACAAGGCGUCGAUUACAGCAGCACGACUAUUUAUGGCGGAAAAGUCAUGACGGAACAGGAAAGAGCAGAGCAGUACCGGAUGUACUCGUUUAAGGUCAACCAGUUCCAGCAGUUCCGGACGUUGCUCAGGAGAUGCUGGUUAUCGAUUAUACGAAAUAAGGUGGCGACCAUGUUGCGUGUGCUGGCGUACGCGGCGUUUGCGGUGAUGUCCAUCGUCCUUUUCUACGACAUCGGCAGCCACGCUACCACUGUGGUGCACAGCGUGAAGCUCUACUUCGUCGUGGUCUGCAUCUGCGUCGUCCAGACUGUAUUCCCUUCGACAGUUGUGUUUCCGGUGGAGGUGUCCGUAUUAGUCAGGGAGCAGCGAAAUUGUUGGUACGGUCUCAAGAUAUACUACCUGGCAUACUACUUCGCAGAACUGCCGUUUCUCGUCGUUCCCGUAUCGUUGUACAUGGGCGCAAUAUAUUACCCGACAGCGCAACCACAGGAAUUGUGGCGCUUCGCCGCCAUGCUACUGUUCUCCAUCCAGCUGUGUGGCGUUUCACAAGCCAUUGCACUCUCCGUGUCAGCACUCUGCACCGUGCAGUCAGCUGCAGCAGUGGCGUUCCCCAUCGUGUCUCCGGCGUUCAUGUUCUGUGGCGCCUUCGCGCCUCGCCAGAUGCUGAAGCCAUACGUGAGCUGGCUCACAGAGGUGUCAUUUGUCAACCACGCGUACAACGGUCUCCUGGUCUCGGCCUACGGCUACGGUCGCGCCAAGCUUCCGUGCGACGACUUCAUAUGCGUGUACGACGACCCCGCCGAGCUGCUUCAGAUCACCGGGACGGGAGACAGGACCAUCCACGAGUUCUGGCUCAUUCUCGUUGCAAUGGAGGCUGCCAUUCGCUUACUCGGGUUCUUUCUACUCAGGUUCAGACUCUCAAGAAAAACAUGACCGCACGCACGCUCUGCGAGCAUUCGUCCGCCAAAUCUGGAGAAACUGUGAGCACGCGCGGUUCUUUCACGGAUGGCGAGAGCGAGUUGCCUGCUCUCGCUGUGCAAGCAACGGGGGAUGCCGCUACAGUCCGCAAUGCCCUAGUCAAUGCAGCCCUGCCGACUAAGUGCGCGCUCUAGGCGGCGUGCUCUUCGAGGAGCGACGAAAGAGGCAUUAGAUGAGAGCGACGUCAGUGUAGCGGAUCACCUGUACAGCCCUCCAUACCUAUGCCCCUUUAUUUCUGCCUAUGUGUUUUCUUCUGGCAACUGCAUAUUACUCAUUAAAAUAGCGCGCUGGUAAGGGCAGGCUAUCGGACGAUGUGUACUCUCUACCUUGCUUCGAGGCCAUUAAUGGUGCCUCAAGCGAGCCAGUGCAUGCUUGGUUUGUGUUUAAAGAAAUCGGCUUAACGGUUGCCCAAGGAAGGCAUUUCCAGAUUUUAUAUGCUUCUGAACAGUGAAAUUGGAAUACGUGCCCAAAUAAGAUCAUUUAGGCAUGGGCCUUAUUGUUCAGAACAUUUCAUAGGCAUAUUCUCUGCUCUCCUGCCGAAUAGGAUGGUAAUCUUUCAAAGACAAUCUGAAGAGGCAGAGUUGCAUAUUUACACGGUAGGAAAAUGCCCAGAACCAAGGCCAUGGUUAAUGUCGGCAAACAACUUGAAGCUUGCUGAGUUUGAUGUCAUCAGCGGCAGCAGUAGCAUGGUAGCACAGAUGGCCGAACACAAGAACAAACAAGGAACAAUACGAGGUACUUAUUUUCACUUGACUUAGUGUUGCCACUGUGUGUAUCAUAUUUAUCACAAAUCACCGGGAGCAGCAUGCCAGGCGAUCAGCCAGGCUAACUUCUCCCGCUUCAUGGAACUCAGCAUGGCUGCGAUAGCGUAAAACUGUUCCAUUCCGAGAUUAUUCCAUUCUCCAGAAGUCAAAUUUAUGCGAUCGUCGACGGGAGCGUUUGCGGGUACCCUCAACGUUUUUUGAACAGCCCAAGCAAACAAUCCCCUCGUUUAAACGAGGCCCCUUUUGUUUGUUUUUAAAGCAAACGACACUGCCCACCAUGACAGGUUUUUGUUAUCCAACCGAGAGACGAGAGGCCAGGCACGCGCAGAGAUGGAAAGGAUCCCAGCGAGGCGGGAGAGCGGAAUGAAAGUGUGUCACCGGCGGGUGCAUGGUUGCGUCGGCGUCUCCGAAUGGCCCUCUUUCCUUCGUUCAGCCGGCGGUGGCUCCUCGUCAAUCGCGGCAGUGUGCAACAGGGCGCUGAAUAUGCUGCCAAAAAAGAGUGAAAGAGAGUUGGCAGUGCGACGUCGUCUACGCGUCGAAAGGGCUCGACAACGUUGUGCGGCCAAGAGGAGUGCCGAACAGCAGCAACGACGGGACCAGAUGUUCACUGCUCAGCAGCACGAAGCCCCAGAAAUCAUUUUUCGACUGCUACUGCUAAAAAGUACCUCGUGAAGCACACAUACUUCGUCAUCGACGUGUGGAAUCGGCUAUGGUUACUGUCGGAAAAUCACCGUCUAUAACGUAGAAAUAAAUAAACUGACAUCGUUCGUUGCUCCACCAAAGUCUUUGGC